CCACUCCGCGCGGUAAAGACGUUAGGCUAGCGUGACUAUUUUCGCGCGUAUUGUACAGAUAUUCAUUCGUAUAAACAAAGAUGCCAAAAUAACAACGAUAGAAAUAUAUCUGUUCUCGACUCACGUUCUCGAACAUAGAACAUAAUAUCUGGCGUCAACCGAAAAUACAUUCUACAUUAUUUAAAACUGCAAAAGUAUUAUGCACUCAGAUAAAGCAAGUAUAUUUCAACAUCAUCGAUGAGUUCUGCUUCUCGAUCAGUCGUUUGAAAAGUGGUUGCUUUCGUGAUUGUACCCUUCCUGCACGAUGGUUAAGCAGGUUGCACUGUUCGUAACAUCAACAGGUUUUUAAGAGCUGCAAUCGAGUGGUCCUUGUAAACUAAAAUUCAGUCUUCGAAUAAAAAAGUUCCCUUUUUUAUUUGACACUCUUUCCGCGGUCUAUAGACAGAAGAAAUAUGAAUCUGUGCAAAUGAUUUGACACAUAUUGCGGAUCAGUGCUUGUAAAGGCUAUAACGACGUGGUUUGGCGAAAACUGGUUUAUGAAAUGCUGAAUAAUCCGCUGUUAGUGAAGUGCUUUGUAAGAAGACGUAGUAUAUAUGAAAAUAAACAUUACCCUAAAAGGGAUGAUAUUCCAAAAUGCCUUUAACACCAGUCCAGACAUGGUACUCCGGAAAGACAAUAUUUGUCACAGGUGGAUCCGGUUUCAUGGGAAAGGUGCUGCUCGAGAAAAUCCUUUAUGCCUGCUCGGAAAUUCGAACUAUCUACGUGCUGAUUCGUCCAAAACGUGGAAAGGUACCCCAAACACGUAUUGACGAAUGGUUCAAGUUGCCGGUGUUUCAACGCAUCAAAAACCAGAAACCGGAGGUGUUCAAGAAACUGGUUCCAAUACAAGGUGACAUCACAUUCGAUGGAUUAGGAAUUUCUCGUGACGACAUAGAUAAGCUAAUUAAUGAAGCUGAAAUAGUAUUUCAUUGCGCUGCAACACUCAAAUUGGAGGCCACUCUUAAGGAUGCAAUUGAGAUGAACACCGUCGGCACAAAACGCGUACUAGACUUGUGCAAACAGAUGAAGAAGCUGCAAGUAUUACUUCAUCUGUCUACAGCGUUCUGCUAUUGUGAUAAGGAAGUAUUGAAUGAGCGAGUGUAUGAUUUCCAUCACACUCCGUAUGAUUUGAUGCGAGCAGUUGAAUGGAUGGACGAGAAAACUCUUGAUCUUAUAACGCCCAACUUGCUGAAACCUCAUCCCAACACGUAUACUUACACAAAACGAUUGACUGAAUGCCUCGUUAGGGAUAGUUACCCUCAAUUACCUGUUUGUAUAGUAAGACCCAGCAUCGUGACUCCCGCCAAUAAGGAACCUGUUGAAGGAUGGGUCGACAAUUUAAACGGCCCCGUUGGUAUCAUGGUUGCAGGAGGCAAAGGAGUUAUGAGGUCAAUGCUGUGUAAUGGAGAAUACAACGCCGAGGUUAUCCCAGUUGACUUGGCAAUAAACGGACUCAUAACCAUUGCAUAUACUCUUGGGCAGAUGAAAGAAUUACCAUUAGAGAUUCCGGUGUACAACGUAACCUGUCGAGAAACGAAACGAACCACAUGGACAGAAGUUUUGGAAUGGGGAAAAGCAACCGCCUACGAAUAUCCGUUUGAAGCUGGAGUAUGGUACCCCGAUGGAGGAAUCACUACUAAUAAAUUCUACCAUACCUUUUGCGUUAUUAUGUUCCACUGGUUACCUGCCUACUUCAUAGACUUCUUGAUGUUUUGCUUUGGGCAAAAACGAUUCAUGUGCCGAGUCCAGACAAUGAUUUCACAGGGGUUAGAUUUGCUGCAAUUUUUCACAACACGUCAGUGGGACUUUAAAUCGCAACAUUAUCAAGCCAUAGCCAAAAACCUUACUCCAGAUGAUUUUGAGCUAUUCGAUAUGGAUAUUGAUAGGAUCGAUACGAAGGAUUACCUCAAGCGGAUUAUUCUCGGUGGUAGACAAUAUUGCUUGAAAGAACCUCUUUCCUCACUGCCAAAAGCCCGUAUGCAACUUAAAGCUCUGUGGGUUUUGGAUAAGGUUGCGAAAGCUUUUAUGAUCUGGCUUCUGAUUUGGGGUCUAUUGAAACUGACCGGUUUGAACCAAAUCAUUCAGGAGGUUAUAGCCAAUUAGUUGUGUGUAGUAUUUGUAAAAAUAUAAGUUUGGUUUCAACUCAAUUAUGUUAAAUGGUUUAAUUGGAUCAACUAGCGAAAUAUACUGUUAUCGACUGUUGUUUGUGUCAUGGUUUUAAAAAA